AUGCAUAGGUACAUAGGUGCCUCCGUCAACAAGGUCACCGACGCCGACAUUGCUACGCUGGCCCGACAGACGCAACAUCCGCUGAGCUUGGCCGAUCUCGUCAAACACGGCCGCCCCCCCCUCUCGGAGCGCUCCCUCCUCUCCUCGGCCAACUUUACGCUCUCCCUGCUGCCGAUCCGGCUCGCGCACCGCAUCCAGGCGCUACGCAACCUCCCCUACAUCGUCGUCUCCAACCCAAACAUUGCCCGCAUCUACAAUAACUAUCUGCACUCGCUCUCCAUCCUGCUGCCCUACCACAAGGCCGCCGCGGCUGGCCGCGCCAUUGCCACGGCCGACGACGAGGUGCGCUUCACGCACGUCCUCGCCGAGCUCGUCGCCACCCACACCGACACCAUCCCCAUCCUCGCCAAGGGCUUCCUCGAGUGCCGCCGCUACAUUGCCCCCUCCGACGUCACCCGCUUCCUCGACAGCCACCUGCGCGCCCGCAUCGGCACCCGCCUCGUCGCCGAGCAGCACAUUGCCCUGCACUUUAGCAGCCAGGAGCACUUUGACCCGGCCGCCAGCCCGACACCCUGUCCCGACCACCCGUCCUACAUUGGCGUCAUCGACACGGCCCUCCGGCCCGCCCUCACCAUUGAGGCCUGCGCCGGCUUCGUCGCUGACAUUUGCGAGCUGCGCUACGGCGUCCGCCCCGCGCUCGUCAUCGACGGCGAGCCCGAUACCACCCUCGCCUUUGUCCCCAUGCACCUCGAGUACAUUGUCACCGAGCUGCUCAAAAACGCCUUUCGCGCCACCGUCGAGAGCAAGACUCGCGAGCCCAUUGUCGUCACUAUUGCGCCAGAGCCCGCCUUCAAGCACCAGCCUCCCGACACCAUCCCCAGUAUCCCCGCGCCCGAAAAUGCCCCCCGCGGUGCCGCCAUCCUGCCCCUCGACGACAACACCCCCGGCGUCACCAUCCGCAUCCGCGACCGCGGCGGCGGCAUCCCCACCGACGUCCUCCCCGACAUCUGGUCCUAUUCCUUUACCACCUUCUCCGACGACCAAGAGUACACCAGCCCCUCGGGCGGCGAUGGCUUAUCUGCCAUCGCCUCCGCUAGCAGCGGCGGAAGCUCUAUCGCCGGCCUCGGCUACGGCUUGCCCCUGAGCCGCGCUUAUGCCGAGUACUUUGGCGGCGGCAUCGCCCUCCAGAGUCUCUACGGCUGGGGCACCGAUGUCUACUUGCGCCUCAAGGGCGUUGGCAAGAUUGACACGUAA